GUGACAUUGCCAUACAAUUGCUUGCAAACUAUGCCGUAAUUUGUCACCAAUUUAUUAAAUCAUGUAAAAAUAUAUUAAAAUACAAAAAAAUGAAAAAAAUAGUCUAAAAAUGGUUGUCUGCGCAAUCCUCCUUACUGGCGCGUCCUUAACCGCGAGCGUUUUCUUCAUGCAAGUGGCAGUACUACCUUUAAUGUUCAGAUACAGUAAGACUGUACAACGGAAAAUGGUCUUUUCUAACUGCAUAAAUUACCCAAAGAAUAUGGACUUCGAGAAUCCGUCUAGUUGCAACGUAAUGGGAGGAAGAAAUUUUACUAUAGAGUUUCAAUCUAAAGUCGACAACCGGCCGAUAAAAAUAGGUAUAUGGCACUUUGUACCAUCUUCCGUGUUACGUGAGCUGAUGUCAGUCAACGAUGAGAUGACAAUCUGUGACCGCCUGCAACGUGAGCUGGAGAACACUCGUAAUACAAUCGUGUUGUAUUGUCAUGGUAACUCAAAUCACCGUGGAUCACCUCAUCGCCUACAAAUGUAUAGAGUUUUCCAAGAAUUGAAUUUUCAUGUCAUCGCUUUUGACUAUAGAGGUUAUGGCGACUCAAGCAAUGUGAGACCAACCGAAAACGGCGUCGUGGAAGAUGCUUUGAAAGUUUAUUCUUGGCUAAGUGGCGUGGUAGAUGAGAGAAGGCGGCCUAUGAUUGUUUUGUGGGGUCAUUCAUUAGGCACAGCAAUAGCAGCUAACCUGGUGGCGAAUUUAGACGACCUCUGUCGUAGUAACAAUCAGAAGUGUUUGCCGGCUCCAGAUGCGCUGGUACUCGAAGCUCCCUUCAAUAACUUGCUUGAUGAAAUUGAAAAACACCCAUUUUCUAAGCUGGUAUCCUGGCUGCCGUAUUAUAAGCAGUCCUUCGUGAAGCCCUUCAGCACGUCUACGGAGUAUUCCUUCACGACUGACGAGUAUUUAGCAAGAGUGACCAAUCUUCCUUUACUCAUCUUACAUUCUAAAGGAGACAGGAUUGUGCCGUACGAGCUGGCGGUCAAGUUAUACGAAUGCGUGGCGCAGUCGCGAAUUAAGGGAGGUGCUGUAUUGCAGUUUCAUGUCUUUGACAGAGGUCACAACGAUCUAUGCGAAGCCAAGAAAUUGCCUGGAGUUGUGAGAGAUUUUCUCAACGUUAUCAAGAAGUAAUAUAAUCAAUAUGACAAAUCAAA